AUGCCAGUCAAAGGGAUCCGGACGGUGGCAUCCGCCAGGAAUGGCGUUGGUGCCUUCAUCUUGCAAUGCAAACGCCUCGACUUUCACUACUGCAACUUCUGGGCCAGCUCUCGGGGCAUGCUCAACUUCCUAACAAAGGACCUGCCCGCAUUCGCCCGCGAACACCCCCAGAUUGAAAUCCGCGUCUCGCCCCGACCUGCGAAGCACCCCGUGAUCAAGGGCCACUACAUCAAUGGCCACGAGAAGGCCAUCUGCGUGCGAAACCUGGAGCCCGAGGACAUCAUGAAGAAGACAAUGAUUCUGAAGGAGGCUAGCGGGGAUAAGUUGAAGCGGACGAAGAAGCCGGUGACCAGUGUGAACGAGAGUGUACGUGGCAUCUGGUCGCCAUACCACGGCGAUUUGCGCGGCGUAUGA